AGGAUUUCGGAGCGUUUGGUUACCUAGGAGAGCCGUGUGGGCUGCUGCUGUGUAGACUCCUGAGGUCCCUCCUGUACGACCUGCGGAAGGAUCUUAAAAAUUGUACAGAAUUUCAAGAUGAGUGAUACUUCUGAAGUAAUUGCAAAUUUUGAAGAGAUGUUCGCAAAAAGAUUCACAGAAGAUGACAAAGAGUACCAGGAAUACUUGAAACACCCUCCCGAAUCCCCUCCGAUUGUCGAGGAAUGGAAUAGCAGAGCUGGUGGUAAUCAAAGAAACAGAGGCAGCUGGCUGCAAGAUAACAGACAGUUUAGAGGUAGGGAUAACAGACAAGGAUGGCCGAGUGACAAUCGAUCAAGUCAGUGGCAUGGACGGUCAUGGGGUAACAACUACCCCCAGCAGAGGCCGGAGCCUUACUAUCAACAACAGUACGGACAGUACAGUCACAACCAGCAGCCUCCGUAUGGUCACUACUGACGACAGCGUGCUAAACA